AUGUCAAGGCGUUCAAUGCAUUAUCUCCGGGGCUGCUACCCUCGCGCCCUUCGAACCACAUCAGCUCAACACGCGUCCAGCAUAUUACCUAGCAGGUGCAGGCUCCCAUCAACGGUUAGGCCAAUUGUGUUCACUCAGAAAAAGAACUGGCAAUCAUUGCAGCUACGCCAAUUCAGCGCAUCUGCCCUCCAUGCGGCCGAAACCAAGAUCAUUUGCGUCCCAUCCAUGGCCGAAUCCAUCUCCGAGGGCGUCCUGUCGACCUUCAACAGACAGGUCGGCGACUACGUUGAACAAGAUGAAGAGGUCGCCUCUAUCGAAACGGACAAGAUAGAUGUCGCCGUAAAUGCACCACAGAGUGGAAUGAUCACAAAGUUAAUUGUCAACGAGGGCGACACCGUUACAGUGGGACAAGCUGUUAUUGAGAUUAGCCUCGAAGAGCGCGAUACAACUUCACAGUCACCACUACCACCGCAAGCCGAACAAACUUCUAAAACUCCUCAGGAAGCCACUCAGAAGCAACAAAUACCUACUAGGGAAAUAACACCCUCCCAAGAGCCAAAAAAAGGAACAACUCCUACUCCUACCCCAAAGACUACUCCACAGCCCGUACCAAACAGCCAAGGUCCGGUAUCAGCCUUUCAAGGGAGUCGAUCAGAGACGAAGGUCAAAAUGUCUCGUAUGCGUCUGCGCACGGCAGAGCGUCUAAAAGAAUCGCAGAACACAGCCGCAUUCUUGACGACGUUCAACGAAGCGGACAUGAGCAAGAUUAUGGCGUUACGCUCUCAAAACAAGGAUGACGUGCUUCAGAAACACGGCGUCAAGCUAGGCUUCAUGGGCCCGGUGGCGCGGGCCUCCGCGCUGGCUCUUCGGGAGAUUCCGGCUAUCAAUGCGUCCAUUGAGAAUGAUGAUACGAUUGUCUUCCAUGACUAUAUCGACCUUAGCGUUGCCGUCGCGACUCCCAAAGGCUUGGUGACACCAGUGCUGCGUAAUAUGGAAAGACAGGGCAUCGUGGAAAUCGAGCAGGGUAUCGCCGAGCUGGGGAAGAAGGCUCGCGAUGGCAAGUUGACUAUGGAUGACCUGGUCGGUGGGUCCUUUACGAUCAGUAAUAGCGGAAUCUGGGGUUCGUUGUUUGGCACUCCCAUUAUCAAUAUCCCGCAGACGGCCGUGCUUGGGAUUUACGGAAUUCAACAGAGACCGGUAGCUAUCGAUGGACAGGUCGAGAUUCGUCCAAUGAUGUAUACUGCAUUGACCUACGAUCAUCGGCUAGUCGACGGCCGUGAAGCAGUUACGUUCUUGACACUGGUAAAGAAGUAUCUUGAGGACCCAGCCAGUAUGCUUAUCGCGUGA